AUGGCUCUAUCCACGAGGCCGCAGGCCUAUACAUGCGCACGAUGCCUUCUCCUCUCGAGUGCUAAGCGCACCUUCUCCGCCUCCUCCGCUGCUCGAACCGCCCCGAGACGUUCACAAGACUUCAACUCGGGUUUCACAAGCAGUUAUGAUCCGACUAGUGACACUGGCCGCGGGCCCAUGUUCAACAAGAAUAACUUCGGAGUUCCGCAGUUCUAUCCCCGAGACCUGAAGAAGCGUGUAGACGACUAUGUUGUCGGCCAACAUCGAGCGAAGAAGACCAUCUGCUCCACCAUCUUCAACCACUAUCAAGGAGUGCGGCGGAGAAGGCACCAGGAACACGAGGAGAAGCUACAGAGAGAAAAGGCCGAGAGGCAACGCUAUGCCCGAGAUAGAGACAUUCUCGAGAGGCGUGACAUUCAUCCUGUUCAAGGUCAGCGAGGUCGUCAGUCUGCCUUCCAGCGCUUUCCUGCUGAUGACGAGUGGCCCCAAGAUGAGUUCCCUGGCCAUGCUGAAUCUACCCAACAUUUGGAUGAAGGCUAUGAGUCGUCCACCGGUUUCGACGGUUCCUAUCUUGCCGAGGAACCUGCAACCCCUCCUCCAGUUAAGAUUGACAAGAGCAACUUACUGCUCAUCGGUCCCACCGGUGUCGGAAAGACAUAUAUACUAGAAACUUUAAGCAAGAAGCUCAACGUACCGUUCACGAUAUCCGAUUGCAAUGGAUUCACCCAGGCCGGCUAUAUCGGACAGGAUGUCGAGACAUGCGUAGAGAGACUACUGAUCGAAUCGAACUACGACAUCAAGGCUACAGAGCAGGGAAUUAUCGUACUGGACGAAUUUGAUAAGCUGGCGAAAAGGGAGAGCAUGAAUGGCCGCGACGUUGGCGGAGAAGGCGUUCAGCAAGCUUUACUCAAGCUCGUCGAAGGCUCCAAAGUAACAAUCAACGUCAAGGACAACCGCUCGUCACGAUCAACACCUCCUAUUACAACAAAUUAUACUUCGUCGAGUUCAACGUCAGCCCCUCAAUCGACUCCACCUCAGGGCAAGGUCGAUCAGUACACAAUCGACACAACAAAUAUUCUGUUCGUCUUUUGUGGUGCUUUCGUUGGUCUUGACAAAGUUAUUGUCCGGAGAGUAUCGAAGCCAUCCAUGGGCUUCGGCUCAGAACUGAAAGGAAAACAUGGCCUCGCCGGCAAUCAGCACGACUUACCGCGCCAAUCAUUCUCGCAUCUGCCACAUGUUGACCCCGAGGCACCAGCCUCAGCAUACACUCCCUUGGACCUCACGACGCCAGUAGACCUGCAGGCGUUUGGAUUCAUCCCUGAACUAAUUGGUAGAGUGCACAACAUCUGUGCACUUAGUCCUUUAUCCUUGAAUGAUCUUUACAGAAUUCUGACGGAGCCGCGUAACUCCCUGGUUGCGCAAUACACUGCUCUGUUCGAAACAUACCCUUCCAAGCUACGCUUCACGCAGAAAGCCUUAUAUGCAAUUGCGGAACGGGCUGCGAAGGCCGAGACCGGGGCUCGAGGCCUCAAGAUGGAGAUGGAGAGAGUUUUGGCAGAGCCGAUUUUCGAUGCGCCGAUGUCAUACGUCUUGAUCACCGAAGGUUGCGUCAAGGGCACUGAGAAAGCCGGAUACUGGGGCAAGGACGGGCGUUUGGAACUGGAGCGGCGUAUGGCUGACGAGGACGCUGAACCUGGAUCGCGGCCAGAGGAUGUCACCUUUGAGCAGUAUCGCGAGGCUGGCCAGAGUGGUGCAUGA